AUUAACAAUACAAGACAAAAUACAUAAUCAAUAAAUUAGUAUUGAUUAAAAAAUAUGUAAUUGUCUUUAAUAUAUACAUAUACAUAUAUAUUCAUAUUACAUGAUUCAAAUAAUGUAAUAAUUGGGAACAGUCUUCUAUAUUGAUAAUAAAAAAAUAAACUGAUGUUUAAAAAAUUUUUUUUUUAUUAAAUUUCCAUGGUAAUUAUCUUUGAAAAUCGAACAGAAAUUCUAACAGUGGUUAUCUUGUUAGACGUUCAUACUAUUAGACAUAAUAAGCUAGUUAUCAAAUAAUCAUGUUUAUAAACUAACGUCAUAUUUAUAAAAUCCUAGUGAUUCAGUAUACAUUAGUUGUAUACUUUAUGCGCUUGUUAGAUCAUUUAUCACUUCCUUUAUGUAGUUAACGAUAUGUGAUACAAUCAAUGAUACAUCAUGAAAAAAAAAAAAUUUUAUUUAACAAGACUAUUGUUUUAAAAUUGCUGGUGAGGAUACAAGUACGAUGAUGAAAUAUUUAAUAAUUAUUGUCAUUGGGAUAAUUGAACUAGUAAAUGCUGAUAUCGAUUCGGCAUUUCGUGAUGCUGAAAUUGUUCCUGGUAUUUUAAUUAAUCCACCGAAUAAUGAGCUACAAGUAACAUACAGUUCAAAAAAAGUAAAUUUAGGUAACGAAUUAACACCAACAGAAGCUAAAGAUAUACCUGAAAUUAAUUACAAACAUGAAACUGAUGAUUUUUAUAGCUUAAUAAUGGCAGAUCCGGAUGUUCCAAGUCGUAGUAAUCCAUCAGUACCUGCAUUCUUCCAUUGGAUAGUCGUAAAUAUACCUGCUGGUAAUAUAGAGAAAGGCCAAGUAAUCAUCAGUUAUAUUGGACCAGGACCACCGAAAGAUUCAGGACUACAUCGUUAUAUUCUGCUACUAUAUAAACAACCGGGAAAACUAUCCUUCGACGACGAACGACUUGUACCUAACACUGAAGCAAAUGGACGAACUGGUCACUCUGUUAAAUCAUUUGCCGAUAAAUAUAAAUUCGGUGAUCCUAUUGCUGGUAAUUUUUACGAAGCUUCUUACGACGAGUAUGUUCCUAUUUUACAUAAACAACUUGGAAUUAUAUAACUCGCCACUGUACAUUAGUAUUUUUAAUCAUCAGUCAGUAAUAAUUCUACUGAUUUCUUCAGUGAAUUAAUUUUUUACUAUUGACUUUGUGAAAAUUCUUAUUUCUUCUUUCAAUAAAAAUGAACAAACUUUGGGCUCUCAAAAUUUAUGUUUUUAAUUUAUAAUUGAAAUAUUUCUUAGUAAUUCGUUAUUCACAUAAUAGUAUAUUACACACCUAGGGAGAAAAAUAGAACAUUCUGGCCUGUGUAAUUGCGAUCCUCGUUUUCGGCUUUGGUAGACAAUUACACACGGGUUGGAAUGUUCUAAUUUCCUCCCUAGGUGUAUAAUGUACUAAUUUAUGUGUAAUUGUAACCUAUAGGAUAUCUACUAAUAGGGUGUUCUUUAGACCCAAAUUUUAUGGGUGUACCUGAAGAAUUUUUGUACUGAAAAAAUAUAUUGCCGUAAUAACAAUACAGUUAGGUUAUAAUUUAGAUUUAAAUUUUAUUUUAUGCCAAGGCACAGGCCAAAUGGCAAUUUCAAUUACAAAUUGAUUACAUCCUUGGUAGAAAUUUUUUGGACUUCUGUCUUAAAAAGUCUUAAGAAUUAUAGAACUGAGUUUUUAAGACAGAAGUCCGAAAAAUUUCCACCAGGGAUACGAAUAAGUAUAUAAGAUUAUAAACGUGAGUACAUAAUAUGGGCAUAGAAGUAGGAUGUUUUUUUCAAAGGAACAGUAAAUAUUUAAGAUACAAUAAAAUAAUGUAAAAGAGUAAAAUAUCACAAAGCAAUUCUUUUUUUAACUUUUUUAUGAAGUCAACAUUAGGAGCUCCUUAAGAUGUCAUGAUAAAUUCAUACUGAAGUCUUAUUUGCGAAGUCAGAAAAAAGAACUCUUUGAGAUCUCUUGUUAAAGAUGUCUUACUGAGUUCGUUAAGUGGCUCAUUCGACAUCUUGAGAACUUCUUUAAGACUUCUUUAAGAUGUUGAUGAGACGUCCAAAUCAUAAAUAGAAACUCAUUCAGAACUCAUCAAGACGUCAUUUUGCUAUCUGGGAAUAUAAUAUAUAUCUAAAAAAGAAUUACGUCACAGAAAAAAAUUCAAAAAUGAAAAUUUAUAAAUAAAUUUAAUACAAAAACAAUGGAAUUAAUAUUUUAAUUUCUUAUAUAUAAAUGUAACCUUCAUCUAUGAU